AUGGCAUAUAUACCUGCCACUGCCCAAAUUUCUCUCUCUUUCACAAGCAAAACAAACAUCAUCAAAACUAGUACAGGCAAAGAAACUGCCAUAUCCAUAUCCAACUCAACCAAUGAUCAAGCAAUAAGCCAAGCAGCAUUAGAAAUCGAUUUUUCCAAAGUAGAUGCGCAUACAUCAAUUUUGCAUGUCAAGUAUCAACCAACAUGA